AUGAGUUUUUCACAACUGGAGCAAAAUAUCCAGAGAAAGAUAGCAGUCGAAGAGAAUAUUAUUCGGGGAGCUUCCGCCCUCAAGAAGAAAACUGACAAUGUUAUGGUCAUUCAAAAGUGUAACACUAAUAUUAGAGAGGCACGUCAAAAUCUUGAAUACUUGGAGGAUAAUUUGAAGAAAUUACGAAUGAAGACUACCCAAGAACAUCAAGGUCAAAAUGCCGAUGAAAAUAAUGAUCAAAGAAAUUCUAAAGAAUACGGAUUCCUUGCUACCAUAUCUCCGGAAGAACAUAUCUUUUCUCGUUUAGAUUUAGUGAAGUAUGAUUGUCCUUCGUUAGCGCAAAAGAUUCAGUAUAUGUUACAACAAUUAGAAUUCAAGCUGCAAGUGGAAAAGCAAUACCAAGAGGCUAACACCAAGCUGACAAAACUGUACCAAAUUGAUGGUGAUCAGCGUAGCAGUUCUGCAGCAGAAGGGGGUGCCAUGGAGUCUAAAUACAGAAUCCAAAUGUUGAAUAAAACUUUAAAAAAAUAUYAAGCUAUUAAUGUUGAUGUUGACCAAUUUAAACAUCAAGGCAACGACAUGAUCGAUAACCAGCAGCCAAAGUUUAGAAGAAAACAAUUAACAGGCGUCCUGACUAUCGGGAUAACUGCAAUUAGAGACGUUGAUCAUAUACAGUCGCCUAUGUUUGCCAGAAAACCGGAAAGUUAUGUUACUGUAAAGAUCGACGAUACAAUCAAGGCUAGGACAAAGCCUUCCAGAAAUGACAGAUGGAGUGAAGACUUCCAAAUUUCAGUUGAAAAGGGGAAUGAAAUUGAAAUUACCGUUUAUGAUAAGGUGAACGAUUCGUUGAUUCCAGUCGCAGUGAUGUGGUUACUGCUUUCAGAUAUCGCUGAAGAAAUUCGUAAGAAAAAGGCUGGACAAACAAAUGGGCAACAGGGCUGGGUUAACGCAUCAAAUAUUAACAGCAGUUCAUCUUUAACUAAUGAGGAGGGGAGUACUUUAACGUCCACUAACUCCAACUCGGCCAUUCAGUCAUCCUUGACCAAAAAUGUACAGGAAGACAAUGCACUAACUGGCCAAAUUAGUACGAACUCGUGGUUUGUUUUAGAGCCAUCUGGCCAAAUAUUAUUAACGUUAGGGUUCCACAAGUCUUCUCAAAUUGAAAAAAAGCACUUAGUGGGUGGCCUACAUCGUCAUGGUGCUAUCAUCAACAGGAAAGAGGAGAUAUUUGAGCAGCAUGGCCAUCAUUUCGUACAAAAAUCCUUUUACAACAUUAUGUGCUGCGCAUAUUGCGGGGAUUUUCUACGGUAUACUGGGUUUCAAUGCCAAGACUGUAAAUUUUUAUGUCAUAAAAAAUGUUACACCAAUGUUGUCACUAAGUGUAUUGCUAAAACUUCUACUGAUACAGAUCCAGAUGAAGCAAAAUUAAAUCAUCGUAUUCCACAUAGAUUUGUGCCAACUUCAAAUCGUGGUACGAAGUGGUGCUGCCACUGUGGGUAUAUUUUACCCUGGGGUAGACAUAAAGUACGCAAAUGUUCUGAGUGUGGUAUAAUGUGCCACGCUCAAUGUGCUCACCUAGUUCCCGAUUUCUGUGGUAUGUCCAUGGAAAUGGCCAAUAAAAUUUUGAAAACAAUUCAGAACACAAAGCGUAGCCAAGAAAAAAAGAAGAAAACAGUUCCAUCCCAUACCGGAUCAUCACCUUCUACUGCUAUUGGAAGUGAUCGAUCUCCAACUAAAUUUAUAGAUAGAACAAACGCUCCCUUACCGCCCCAACCAAGAAAGCAAAGUAAAACCCCUUCGCCCCAAAAAGCGGAAAGAGACUCUCCGACGAGGCAGCGUGAACCUAUUAUUGAUGAAAGAAUUCCAUUAAAAACAGGCGGACAUGAUAAAUUGAAUAGAUUCAUUGAUGAGAACGAGGCUUAUUUGAAUUUUACAGAGGGUGCCCAACAGUCCGCUGAACUUUUACCACAAGAACAAACUUUAGAUCCAACAUUGAACAACCGUUUUACCGAACUCAAUGACUUGUCUAUCGAACAAAGCCAAACGUGGGAAUCCAAAGAUGAAUCAAUGAGGGAUGAACUCGAACAGUGGAAGGCCCAACGUGACGAAAUGGAUCGCGAAAUAAAUAAAGACAACAGGGACAUACCAGAGGACACGGAAGUCGAUCAUAUAGAUCUAGAAACUAAACAGCAACUUGAUUGGGAGGAUAGAAACGAGUUUCGUGAUGCGGACUUGACAAUUGAUUCUUCACACACAAAUCCGUUCCGCGAUAUGAAUAGCGAGACUUUUCAAAUCGAACAAGACCAUGUCUCUAAAGAAGUAAUACAAGAAACUGUGUCUUUAGCUCCUACAAGUACCCAUGCCUCCAGAACUACUGAUCACCAAUCUCCUCAGAAAUCACAAGCCAGCUCUGGCGGCAAACUGAAAAAGAAAGCCGCUAAGCGCCGUAAGGUGUCAUUGGAUAAUUUUGUAUUAUUAAAAGUUUUAGGUAAAGGUAAUUUUGGUAAGGUUAUCUUGUCUAAAUCAAAGAAUACUGACAGAAUAUGUGCCAUAAAAGUUUUGAAAAAGGACAACAUUAUUCAAAAUCAUGAUAUCGAAAGUGCCAGAGCGGAAAAAAAGGUGUUCUUAUUAGCUACCAAGACUAAGCAUCCAUUUUUGACUAAUCUAUUCUGUUCCUUUCAAACCGAGAACCGUAUUUAUUUUGCCAUGGAAUUUAUUGGGGGUGGGGAUUUGAUGUGGCACGUUCAAAACCAAAGGCUUUCUGUUAGAAGAGCCAAGUUUUACGCUGCCGAAGUGUUAUUAGCUCUGAAAUAUUUCCACGACAACGGUGUGAUAUAUCGUGAUUUGAAAUUGGAGAAUAUUUUGUUGACUCCAGAAGGUCAUAUAAAGAUUGCCGAUUAUGGGCUAUGUAAAGAUGAAAUGUGGUAUGGUAAUAAGACUUCCACAUUUUGUGGUACACCGGAAUUUAUGGCACCUGAAAUCUUAAAGGAGCAGGAAUAUACCAAAGCUGUAGAUUGGUGGGCAUUUGGAGUAUUACUAUAUCAAAUGCUAUUGUGCCAAUCACCAUUUUCAGGCGAUGAUGAGGAUGAGGUUUUCAAUGCCAUCCUAACCGAUGAACCACUAUAUCCAAUAGAUAUGGCAGGUGAGAUAGUACAAAUAUUUCAGGGCCUCUUAACUAAGGAUCCUGAAAAAAGACUAGGGGCUGGGCCAAGAGAUGCCGCUGAAGUUAUGGAAGAACCAUUCUUCCGCAACAUCAAUUUUGAAGACAUCUUAAAUCUUCGUGUCAAGCCACCAUACAUCCCGGAAAUCAAAUCGCCCGAAGACACAUCAUAUUUUGAACAAGAGUUCACCUCGGCACCGCCAACACUUACACCCUUGCCAUCUGUUUUAACCACUGGCCAGCAAGAGGAGUUUAGAGGAUUUUCCUUUAUGCCAGAUGAUUUGGAUUUAUGA